AUGGCUGCUCCCAGAGGAAGUUUCUUAGUUGUUGUGCUGUUUAUUUUAUUGGUACAUUGUAAUUGCAAAAAACCAUUAUACAUUUUAGAUCCACUCUGGCCAAAAGAGCCUUCUAAGUUCAAAGGUCAAAUUUUCAGUGCCGCCGUCGAUGUCAACAGCGGAGAAGUUUACGUGACGCAGAGAGGGGAAGGUCUUGAUCCAGUCAUAGUGUUUUCAGAAGAUGGAGAGUACAAAAGAUCGUUUCCUAGCAACCGCAGUAUCAUAGAUACAAUACAUGGCAGUAGAAUGUACUUCAAUGCUAGCAGUAACUCAUCUGAACUUUGGCUCACAGACAUUGGUAACUCUUCCUCAGGUCACACAGUGAAAAAGUUUACAAAAGAUGGAAAGUUGAUGCAGAUAAUUGGUACUGCAGGAAUUGCUGGCACAUCAUUAAAGCCAUUACAGUUUGAUCACGUUGCUGAUCUUGCAUUUGAUACACAUGGUGAUAUGUACAUAGCAGAUGGAGAUGGCGGUUUGAAUAACAGAAUUGUCAAAUUAGAUAAAAAUUUCAACCUUGUGUGGCAUGUAGGUGGUGGCAGUGGUAGUGGUCAGGGAGAAUUUAACAUUCCACAUAGUAUUGAAUUAGAUCAACAUGGUCAGGUUUGGGUUGCCGACAGAAAAAACAACAGAACCCAAGUAUUUGACCCAGAAGAUGGCAAAUAUAUCGGAGAAUGGAAAGACUGUUUUAAUAAUGCGCCACCAUAUGCAAUCAGGUUGAGUGCUGACAAAUCUCACUUCAUUGUAUUAGAACUAUUGUCUAGUCGUAUCAUCUUUAUUGCCACGCCCAAGAAAACUGGAGAUCCUGGCAAAUGCAAAAUAAUUGAUCAAAUUCAGCUUGCUCCUGACCUUCGACCUCAUUUAGUGGCUGUCAAUCAGAAGACAGGAGCGUUCUAUGUUGCAGAGAUCGGGGGCGAUGCAUGUCAAAAAUAUGUACUUUACUCAUAAUAUUUCAGUUGAAUCUACAUUAAACUUAAUUUAAUUUUUUAUAUU